AAACUGCGUAAUUAGGAAUUUGUAAUAAAAUUGUCAAUUUCAAACGAGGCUAAAAUUUGUAAUCCACCCCAGUUUUACAAAGCCGAUUCGAAGGGCUAGAAUCAAUUGUCUUUUUUUUUUUCCCAUAUAUUUUUCAAUUAUAAAUAGAAAGAAAAUCCCUUACCAAUUGUAUCUGGUUUUCUCUUCAACAACAUCAACACACACACACACACACUACAAACAAGCUGCAAUGGGUUAUCCAGAUAAUUUCAAGAUUGUCACUAAGCAAUUAUCCGACAAUUUAUUACUUGCCUCAACUUCCUUCACUAGAGUCAACAAAUUUAAUUUCGGUGCUCGUAUGGCCGUAUUCAAGACCAAUCAAGACUUAAUUGUUUGGUCUCCAUUGCCAUACAACGACCAGGUUGUUAGCACAUUAAAAGAGUUUUCCGGUGACAAGUUUAACAUUACUCAUGUUAUUGUUCCUGAUCGUGAACACAAUUUAGCUGCUAAGUCAUACAAAGACAAAUUCCCUACUGCCAAGAUCAUCGCCAUGGAAAAUAUUACUAGUUUUAAGCCAGAUUACUUGUUUACAAAAGCCAACGGUAAUAAGGUUUUGAAAGGUGAAGAAUUGAAACAAAUUGUUAAAGAUGAUGUUAUUGUUGAAAAAUUUGAAUUUGUUUAUUUACCAUUCCAUGAAAAUCAAGAAUUAGUUUUGUUUGAUAAACAAACUAAGACUGUAUUUGAAGCUGAUUUGUUAUUUAACUUGGGUGAACCAGGAACUACCAGUGGUAAGGUUGUAUUGGAACAAUUUUCUCCUGAAUUAGGAUUUAAACCAGGAUUUAACCCUCAUGGUGGAUGGUCCUUCCCAACUAGAUAUUUACAACCUUACUCAAAAGUGGGUAGAUUCUUGUUUAGAAAGAUUGUUAAUCCUGCCAAGAGUGCCCCAGGUUUGAAUGCAAUUUAUAGUUGGGAUUUCAACACUAUUGUUAUGUGUCAUGGUAAUAUUAUUACCAAAGGUGCCAAGGAUGCUUUCAAACAUGUUUUCUUGUAAGCAUUUGCAUCAUGUGUAUAUUAAUUAAUAGAAUAUUUGUUUAAUGAAUAAUAUAGUAAUUUUAAUUUU